GAAGUAUGUCUCCAACAGUCCGGAGGAGAGAUUCCGUCGACACGUUUGAUUUUUUCGACGACGGAGAUUCGGCCAGGCCAGGCGCCUCCCCCGUACCCCUUAUGAAUGAAUUUUCCGACAUGGCGGACGACGAGUCCUCACUUCCUCCUUCCAGCCCUAAAUUUAACCGAAAAGGUCGAAAGGCAGCCAUGGACGACCUCCAGAGAUCCUACGACUUUGCCAGAGACGAAGAUGAGAGGCAGAGACUGAACACUGAACUGGAAAAGCUGAAAGAGGAGGAAGAACAGAACAGAAUUAUGGAAGCGGGCAGAAACCGUAAGAAUAUGGGAAGAGGCCUCGGCAAAGACGGGAAAAGCCGUGACAUGGAACUGGCCAAAAUAGAUGUGGCCCUAGGUAGGACCUUAUCUCGGACCGAUUUUGACGACCCGCUAUCCAAGUCACAGAACAGUAUUAGCCAGAAGUCACAGAGCAGUAGCAAUCAACAGUUGCUAAACAGUAGCAUUCAACAGCCACAGAGCAGUAGUAGCCAAAAGUCACAGAACAGUAGCAAUCAACAGUUGCUAAACAGUAGCAUUCAACAGUCACAGAACAGUAGUAGCCAGAAGUCACAGAACAGUAGCAAUCAACAGUUGCUAAACAGUAGCAUUCAACAGUCACAGAACAGUAGCAGCCAGAAGUCACAGGACAGUAGCAAUCAACAGUCUCAGAACAGUAGCAGCCAGAAGUCUCAGAACAGUAACAGCCAGAAGUCACAGGACAGUGUGAAUCAAACUCCGUUAAACGGUAGCAAUCUGCAGUUGCAAAACAGCAGCAAUCAACAGUUACAGAAUAGUAGCAAUCAGCAGUCACAGAACAGUAGCAAUCAACAGCCGCAAUAUGGUAGUAAUCAGCAAUCACAGAGCAGUAGCAACCAACAGCCAAAAUACAGUAGCAAUCAGCAAUCACAGAACACUGACAAUCAAGAAUCACAGAAAAACGCCAACAAACAAUUACAGAACGAUAAUGCUCAAAACGUCAAUAAGAACGAAAUCAGCAGCAAAAAACCCGUUGGAGUGAUCCAAAAGGUACCUUCUGGACCACCUCCUCCAUAUCAGAGAAACAUGAACGAAGAAAAGAAACGGAGGUACGUAAUGACGUGGGUGGGAAGGACCGAGGGUGUGAAAAACGUCAAGAAGUCCCUGAAGGAGCUGGUCAAAGCAGCCAGAACGAUUUUGCCUCCUACAGGAACCACCUAUGUUAUCUGCGAGACCUUCGACACCUAUCAGAAAGGCGGCUUGUACCCUCUCUUUCACGUGAGUGAAGACAGCGGUGUCAUGAACAAGCUACUCAACAGCGACCCCGUUGAACCUGACAUCCUUGGCCCUGAGAACAUGAUUGAUCAGGGUCUCUUCGAAGAGAUCGCCUGUAUCACACCACGAAUGCAGGAGGAAUCGACUGCGACGGAGACAGUCAUGGCUGUUUUCUGCUUUAAGAGCAUCGAACCUUCGCCUCACCCGAAACUAAUUAAGGAGUGGAAGCAAUGGUCUGGUGCCCGUGCCUUCUUGCAAGACCUCGUUCUGGCGGGGCUUGAAUGUCACAAGAUCAGGUUCUUCGUUAAAGUCGUAGCUCGCUCUCCCGAGGAAGCUCAGGGCUUCUACUACGUCCUAACUACUGAGGUUGGAAUCCGAGAACCCAGUGACGAGGGACUCUUUGUCGACACUCUCCAGAGAUUCAGAGUUGAGCGCUGGUUUGGCUACAGCACGAUCUACAGGAAACAUUGAGCCAUAUGGCUGCAGCACAAUCUACAAGAAACAUUGAGCCACAUGUCUACAGCACAAUCUACAUAAAACAUUGAGCCACAUGGCUACAACACAAUCUACGGGGAACAUUUAACCACAUGGCUACAGUACAAUCUAUAAGGAACAUCGAGCCACAUGGCUACAGCACAAUCUAUAAGGAACAUUGAGCCACAUGGCUGCAGCACAAUCUAUAAGGAACAUCGAGCCACAUGGCUACAGCACAAUCUAUAAGGAACAUUUAGCCACAUGGCUUCAGCACAACCUACAUGAAACAUUGAGCCAAAUGGCUACAGCACAACCUACAUGAAACUUAGAGCUACAUGUCUGCAACACAAUCUACAGGGAACAUUGAGCCACGUGGUUACAGCACGAUCACAUGAAACAUUGAGCCACAUGGCUGCAACACAAUCUACAUGAAACAUUGAGCCACACGGCUGCAACACUAAUCUACAGGGAACACUGAGCCACAUGGCUGCAACACACAAUCUAUAGGGAACAUUGAGCCAAAUGGCUACAUCAUGAGCUAUGUGGCCACAUCAUAAUCGAUAAUAAACAAUAGUCACACAGCCGCCGGCAUGGCUACGGGAUGCCUUCAUACCAAAGCGAAAGAAUUUCUUCAAACACACGAUAACCAUCUACCCAUUACAUUUUAUAUGAAUUGUCUUUUUUAUCGAAGCGAUAUGUGAUUACACGAAACAAAGAUUGUUGUUAUUUUGCAGCGAUAUGUCUGUUACAAUGACUUGCGUUCAUUUCGAUUCAGUUGUAGAAGUUGGUCUCAGCGACGCCGUGAUGACUUUUAUCUGCCGAAUGCAUUAUCCCCGUGGACAUAACUUUGCUUGUUUCCUUUUCAUAUUUUAUUGCUUUUUCAUUUUUUAUCGCCUUUUCCAUGAGGUCGAUUCUCAGAGAAAUUAAAAACUUUCUUAUUUUGCGAGAGAAUGAUUCUGGAAAUGUUUAGAAAUGUCCUGGUACAACAAAGUUCAGCGUUUUUUGUAAUCUUUAUCAUUCAUCUAAAACCCCUGAGGAACUCGUGGGAAAGAACUGUCUUUACUGCGGCUUUUUCCUACGUUUGAACAUCAUACGACAUAGAUUAAGUGGUAAAUUACUGAAGAUCUUUAAAUAAAGACGAACAGAGAAAUUUCAACAGCUGUCAUUUUUUACGUUUUGUCUUAGCAGCCUGUAAGGAAAGCCGUCGAAUAAUAAGAAUGAUUCACUGUGUAAUUAAUAUUAUAUAGAUUUUUUAAUAAUUAUAAAAAAGAGAGGCCUAGCUUUCGGUCUUCAUGACCUCUUGCUACCUCAGGUUAGUCGCAAAUUUUGAUUAGAUUUCUGUACUAAUGAUUAUAGGAAAUUAACAGUUAAAUUAACCUUGCCCUUUCAACCGGGACUGUGACCAACACGAGCUUGUCAAGUAACUUAAUAAUUGUUGACAAGGCGAACAUGCAAGUUCAGUUUUCAAUAGGGAAUUUUUGUUCGCACGGGAGGUCUUUCUUGUCCAUAAUUUGCUGACGAUUUCGGUGUAUGAAUAUUUGCGAUAGGGUUUGCUUUCGAUGACCUUUGGUUUCAUGAUUAUUUCUCUAUUCUAUUUAUUUUCCUUUUUUUUUUGCAGAUGCCACUUAAAUUACCAGUUAGGUAUUAAAUCUCUGUAUGCAAUGGUGAGUAUGAGUAGGGGUACUCUAUGAAUGAACUUCAGCUAUCAAGUCUUCAAGCCAUUAUUGUUAUUACUAAAAAUACAAAAGAAAAAAAUCAUUUGGAUAUAACAUCAAAGACCAUUAAAUUGCCGAGAACGUAUUCACGCAAUACAAUAACCUCAUUUAUCCUGAAAAGUAUUCAAGACGUUAGCAAAUCAGGAUAAAAAAAAAAAACCCAAAGUAUUUCUUAUAAGAACAAAUCAAGACUGGGUAAUAACAAGUCGUUGUUGGUUUGCAAUGUAAAUGUAACCAUUUCUAAAUUUGGAAACGCAUUUACCGAUGGCUUCGGCUUAUAUUUUUUUAAAUCCUUUUUUUUUCAUUUUGAAUUGUUUUUCUAACUGAAUAUUUCACGAAUCGAGGUAAGCAGCUAGCAAAUAGUUCAAAUACCGUUACCUAUUAAUACACCGAAGUUUCCUUCAAAUGAAUAUUUAUGACUUUAGGAGCAUAUUCUUUAUUCAGCCACCAUUCCUCCAUCUAUUUGCUUUUCCGUGCUAACCUUAAGUAAAGGAAAAAUACUAUUGUAACUUUCUACUUUUUAACAGGCUUCAGACAAUGAGUCAUUUUGUCAGACUACCUGAGGAUAAAUUUACAUGUUGGAAGAGUUCAUAUCUGAUGGAUUUAAGCGUUAGCAAAAGUUUCUCCGCUCAAUUUCAGAAGCCGAAACUUGCCAU